AUGUCCCGCCCAUUUGCCCGCCUCUUCUCGAGUUCAACGCGCUCCUCCGCUCUCCUGAGCACCACCACCUGCUCCACCUCCUCAGCCAAACCGGCACCUUCAUUGCCGGCGAUCCGAUACCACAUCUUCAAGGAGCCCCUGCCGUACCCGGUCGGCCUCAAGCUUCAGAAUGAUAUCAUUGACGUGCGGUUAGAGGCGAAGAAGAAGGAUCCGGUGGGUAGUAAAGGUCUGGGAGAUGUCUUGCUGUUGUUGGAACAUACCCCUACGUACACCACUGGAAGACGUGACAAUUCCCCGAACCCUAACGAACUACACCCGGAGGAAAAGAAGGUGCAGAAUGUUGGAGCAAGCUUCUUCAUCACAAAGAGAGGUGGCCAAGUGACUUAUCAUGGUCCGGGUCAACUGGUUGGGUAUUCGAUUAUGGAUUUGAACGUCAUGGAAACUCCCACACGGUGUUACGUGGAAUAUCUGCAAGCAAUGCUCGGCGAUUACGUCCGUGAUGCUUCUCGUCUGGACGACAUCUAUGCUCCUCAUCCUGAUGGACACGUCGGCGUGUUUUCUUCGCCCACAGAAAAGAUUGCAUCUAUAGGCAUCCACCUCCGCCAUCGCAUAACUUCCCAUGGCUUCUCCCUCAAUGUCACCCCAGAGCCCAUCACUUGGUUCGACCUCGUUGUCGCUUGUGGCCUCGAUGACGUCCGCGCAACAUCUUUACACGAACUCAUCAAACGCGCUCCGCUAUCCGAGGGAAACAUCCCGGCAUGUCUGCCUAGUGUGCAAGGAGCGGCGAAGAAGAUCGUGCCCAGGUUUGCAGAGAUGUUUGGGAGGGAUGUGGAAGUGCUCGGUAGGGAAGGAGAAGAAGGAGAGGCGGGGAAGAUUUGGGAGCUCGUCAAAGAGGCGGAGCAGCAGGCGAGGGAAGAGAAUGCCAAGAAUGGCGGGUGGGCUUCGGAGCCUGACUUGAAUAAAAGAUGA